UUGGAAAGCCCUAGUUAGCCCACGCUCUGGCCUUUUCUGUUAUGUUAAUUUUUGUAAAGGUCAGGCGUUAGCAAAGUCCUUGGGGGAUUCCGCCCACUGUGUCGCGCGACGAGAGAGAGAGAGAAAGGGAGAGCGCUGGCUAUGGCGGUACUGGCGUUGCGAUCCACGGCAUUUGCAGGGAGCGCCGGGAUUCACCGCCGAUCGUGGCGUCCAGCGACGGCGGAGGCGAGAUUGGGAUUUGGAAUCGCCAAGCCCGGCGAUGGAGCAGUCGCAGGGAUGAAGGCUGGAUCUGUCUCUCUCGUGAACACGCCGACGCAUCAAUCACAUUUUCCUUCUUUGACAGCACACAGAAGAGAAAGGCCCGUGGAAUGCCAUGCAGCAGCCAGUGCUGGAGAAAUUCCCGAGAAGGAAUUGUCUACGUUUGAAAGAGUUGUGGAACUCUUGACAACCAUGUUUCCAGUCUGGGUUAUACUGGGAACUGUUAUUGGCAUUGUAAAACCAACUGCGGUAACCUGGCUACAGACCGACUUGUUCACUGUAGGCUUGGGAUUUCUCAUGCUCUCUAUGGGAUUAACUCUUACGUUUGAAGACUUUCGCCGAUGCCUGAGAAAUCCCUGGACGGUUGGUGUUGGUUUCUUGGCUCAAUAUGCCAUUAAGCCUAUACUGGGAUUUCUGAUCGCAUUGAGCUUAAAAUUAUCCGCACCACUGGCAACAGGUCUCAUUCUCGUUUCUUGUUGUCCAGGAGGCCAAGCUUCAAACGUGGCAACGUAUAUUUCUAAGGGCAACGUCGCUCUGUCGGUGUUGAUGACAACAUGCUCUACUAUUGGCGCGAUUUUAAUGACUCCAUUGCUGACAAAAGUGCUUGCGGGUCAGCUUGUCCCAGUGGACGCGGUGGGGCUGGCAGUGAGCACAUUUCAGGUGGUCCUUGUCCCCACAAUUAUUGGAGUUCUUUCGAACGAGUACUUUCCAAAGUUCACGCAAAAGAUUGUCACGGUGACACCUCUCGUGGGGGUUAUUCUAACAACACUUCUCUGCGCUAGUCCCAUUGGUCAAGUGUCCGAGGUCCUUGUCACCCAAGGCACGCAGCUCAUAUUUCCGGUGGCACUCCUCCACGCCGCCGCGUUUCUGCUGGGCUACUGGCUUUCGAAGCUCUGCAACUUUGGCGAGAUGACCGCCCGGACAAUUUCCAUUGAGUGUGGAAUGCAGAGCUCCGCUCUCGGCUUCCUUCUCGCGCAGAAGCACUUCAGUAAUCCUCUAGUCGCUGUGCCAUCGGCCGUGAGCGUCGUCUGUAUGGCUUUGGGAGGAAGCGGUCUGGCAGUUUUUUGGAGAAAUCGUGCUCUUCCCAAAGACGACAAGGACGAUUUCAAGGAAUAAGGAAGAACUACACCGAAUUUCACGAACAAGUUUUGGUUACUACUGCUCAAACGAUCGUGAGUGUAUUGUUUUUAGCAACUUUCUUUGGAUGUCUUAUUAUUAGCAUAUUCUCGGGCAUCGAUAUGGGUGGGGCAUUUUUCUCAAUGUCAGCUUUGUAUUGUUGCGAUCA